AUGUUCCGCCGUUCCCCGCUCCUGCGGGCACUGAUCGCCGCGAUCCUCACAGUCGCACUGUCCAGGACGCUGUCCGUGAUGGCGGCCGGAAACGGCGACCGCGGCGCCGACGUGGCCUCCACGCCGGCGAAGAACGUCCUCGGGACGCAGCUGCAGGCCUGCGGAUUCGACCCCGUCACCGGGUUCUACCGCGACGGCUUCUGCCACACCGGCCCCACCGACACCGGCCGCCACGUGGUCGCCGCCGUGUGCACGCAGGAAUUUCUCGAAUUCACCGCAUCGCGCGGCAACCCCCUCAACCGCCCCGCGCCCGCGUACGGCUUCCCGGGCCUGAAGCCAGGGGACCGGUGGUGCCUGUGCGCGCUGCGGUGGAAGGAGGCGUACGACGCGGGCGUCGCGCCGCCCGUGGACCUCGCGGCGACGCACGAGGGCGCUCUGCGGUACGUCACCAUGGAACAGCUGCAGGAGCACGCGCUGCAGCCCAACGCGGGGGGCGACCUGUGA